AUGGCGCAACCAAAGACCUCCAUAUUUACAGAUAUUCAAAUACAUUUACAUUCAGUGGCAGCUGUUUCUACUGUACUGCAGAAUGCUGCUGGUCCGAUCUGGGCCGUUCCGACAAAUGAUCGUUUACAUGUACCAGUGCAACUGUGUUCUGUGUUCAUUAUGAUCACAUCGUUGGUCGGCGGACUGGACUCGAAAGGCGCCAAACAUCAAAAAUUCAAAAUAACCGUCGUCAGCACACCGAGCCCUUCGCCGACAUCACCCCCACCAACACCACCGGCCUCAUUGUCAUUGUCGCUGCCGUUGACAACGCAUAACGUGCAGUACGACAUCAGCAAUUCGCCUUUACUACAUCACCACAACAACAACAACAACAACAACAAUAACAGCACCAACAACAUGGUUGAGACAACAACACCGCCCACCGGCACUGUGUUGAAACGUUAUGCCGUCGGCAUGCAAAUACAUCAGAGUCGCCAAAAUUCACGCUCACCGCCAGCGAAUACGACCAACGCCGCAUACUUGACGACCGCGAUGCUUUUGAACUCGCAGCAAUGCGGUUAUUUGGGACAACGACUGCAAUCGGUUUUGCAACAACAGCAACAAAAACACCAUCUUCAACAGCAACAACAACAUCAACACCAGCAGCAGCAAUCCCAAUCUCAAACACCCUCCUCGGACGAUGGUUCGCAAUCGGGCAACACCAUCAUGGAUGAGGACCGUCCAACCAACCGACCCACGGCAGGCACUGCAACCGCAGCGGCGGCUGCUGCUUCACUCUUUACAAUUGACAGUAUUUUGGGCGGUUCAAGGUCAGCAGGGGGAGCAAAUAGUAACACCAGCAAUGGCGGUAGUAACAACAACAACAAUAAUAAUAAUUGUAAUAAUCAUAUAGGUAUAAGCGGUACAAAACGUGCUGACUCGCCCGCCUCCCCGAGCUCCAAUUCCAGCUCAGCGGCUACAAGUCCCACACGACCGCAACGAGUUCCUGCCAUCUUGCAGCAUCCUGGCUUGCAUUUGGGUCAUCUAGCCGCAGCUGCAGCAAGUGGCUUUGCUGCCUCGCCAUCUGACUUUUUGGUUGCAUAUCCGAACUUCUAUCCAAAUUACAUGCACGCCGCCGCGGUGGCUCAUGUGGCUGCCGCACAAAUGCAAGCACACGUGAGCGGACAUGGCGCUGCGGCGGCGGCUGCUUUGGCAGCGCACACACAUCCGCAUCACGCACAUCACUUGCACCAUCCACACCAUCCGCAUCAUCAUGUGGCGCAUCAUUUGGGACAUGGGCCGCCGCCAAAACGAAAGCGUCGCCACCGUACAAUUUUCACCGAAGAACAAUUGGAACAGUUGGAGGCGACUUUCGACAAGACACACUAUCCGGAUGUGGUGUUACGCGAACAAUUGGCACUGAAAGUCGACCUGAAGGAGGAGCGUGUGGAGGUUUGGUUUAAAAAUCGUCGCGCCAAAUGGCGUAAACAGAAACGUGAAGAACAGGAACGGCUGCGUAAGUUGCAGGAGGAGCAGUGCGGGGGUGGCGCUGCUGCUGGCAACACAACGACGGUCGCCACAGGCAUGGGCGCGGUCAACGGCAGCGGCGUUGUAAUGGCCGCUGUGGCGAAUCUUAAGUGCGCCGCCGAGGAUUAUGCCAGCCAGCUAAGUCAUCACAUCAAAACCGAUCCAAAUAGUUACAAUAGCGAUGCGGAUGAGUCGUCCGACUUGGAGGUGGCAUAAAAUAGUGUACACCAUUUAUUUUUGUAAAUAUGUAUGUAUGUAUUUUGUGCUUUUUCGCUGUUCACAAUGUUGAAUGGAAAUUUGUGAAUUGGGAUUUUUUUAUUUAAACCAAAAAGGGCGUUUGGAAAAUUAAUGCAAUUUCAAUAAAAUUAAUGCGUUUAACUAACUAUACUCGCGCACACAUCAAUAAUGUAAACAAAU